AUGUCUUCGCUUGCCAUAUCUGAGGAUAAUCCCUUCCAGGUCUUGAUCCAAGAAACCAACAAUGACCCGACUGCGUUGCAAUUGCGUUAUCAAAGUCACCGUGUGGCUAGAAAUGAGCAACAGAGCACGAAGAUCCUAGCAGACAGCUUUCCAGGGUGGUCUUUGGAUCCUAUUUUGAGCCGACUAGAUGGCCCUGGAAAGGAAGAUGGAUAUCUUGAUCCUCGAAACUGCCUUGUGAUUUGGGCCAGGCCGCCUCCUCAUAUUCGUGAUCUGAUUUGCUUUAUUCAAAAGGAGUUGAAGGAGGUUUCCCCUUCAAUUUGGCUUAUGCCUCCUCAGAACUUGCACACAACAGUGUUGGAGGUUGCGCACUCCCUGACUGAAAAGGAGAUUGAUCAUCUUGUUCAAACCCUCGAGGCUUCCAAGGAUGUGACUGCAGCACAGAUUGCUGAAUACCCCGUUGCUCACAAGUCGCGUCUCUUGAAGCCGAUGGUUAGCUUCGACGCCUCUGCAAUGGCACUGAGCUUUGUUCCAGCCGCGGGUGAAAACCUGCAAGCUGGUGACAAUGGCGAUGACUACUCAUAUCAUCACCUGCGCCGGGAUGUAUUCCAGAUGGUUCGUCAAGCCCAACUCCCUGUGGCUUCGCGGUACAUCGUCCCGUCUGCCCAUGUUACCAUCGCUCGGUUCAUCAACAACGAAGAUUUUCUUGUUCAGGGAGCGGAAGGGGUAGAGCUUGAUCGCGCACGCGUGAAGUUGCUGAUCGAGAAAAUCGAGGAAAUCAACAAGAAAUUAGAAAGCGAGUUCUGGCCUCAGGUCGAUGGCACUUUCCCCGAAGGGGGUGAAUGGAUUGUUGGACAGCAGAACUUGGUGAUUCGGAGGGGACGUCUCUGGUAUGGAGGUGGUGAGACUGUGUCGACGGGCAGUGACAAUUAG